AUGUCCAAUCAAACGAAAAUGGAUCUCUCCAUUGCAGAGAGAAGAGCCUACGAAUUUCUUCUCCGUUCAGAAGAAGCCAAACGUUGGAUCGAAGAAAUGAUUCAAGAACGUUUCGGUCAAGGUUCUACCAUUGCCUAUUUCGGUGAAAUGUUAAGAGAUGGUGUUGCUUUGGCCAAGUUAGCCAAGAUCUUUGCUCCUUCACAAGUCAAGAAGAUUAACAAACCAAAUCAGAAUACCAUCAAAUUAGAGUUUAGCUUGGUGGAUAAUAUUACUCAAUUUUUGAAUGCUUGUAAAUCGACUGGGUUUAGAGAAAUUUAUUUGUUUGAGGUUACCGAUUUGUGGGAACUCAAGAAUGUCUACAAAGUUGUCCAUUGUCUUCACUCUCUUUCAUUGUAUCUUUUCCAACACGGUCUUGCCAUCAAAAUGGAAAGACUCAAAUCUCUCAACGUUUCUAGAGAAGAUUUGGAACGAACCAAGAAGAUGCUCGAUGAUUUAGAAAAUUCUGGUAUCAAAUUCGAUCAAUCCUUGAUUGAAGGAGAUGAUGAUGGAACAUUUAGUGAAGAUUUGUCCUCUGAUUUGAGAUCGGAUAAUAUUCGAGCCUAUGUUACUGGUUUGUCUGAUCCUGAAAUGUGUCAAGUGAGUGGAGACAGUUUGACUCGUGCUGUGUGUGGUGUGGAAAACAAAUUCACAAUUCACGCUUUCGAUUCUGAUGGAAAACCAUUGAAGUAUUGUACGGACACAUUUGUGGUUGAACUCAAAUCAUCGUCAACCACAAUUCAUGCUCAAGUUUUAAACAAUGGAGAUGGAACUUUCACCGUCAAGUAUACUCCUCAAGUUGCUGAUGAAUAUGUCAUGACCAUUUCAUUGUACGAUGAAGAAUUGGGUGAUGUUGCUGGUUUGCUAACCAAUAAGAACAGUUCCGAUGGAGUCUGGAAUGUGAAAGUGACCGCAAAUCCAAUUUCCGAUCCAACCAAGAGUGUUCUCAAACCAUCUUCUCAACACGCUUCAAACAAUCAAAGAUCGUAUCGUGCAGGUCAAGCCAUUGAAGAUUUGAUUUUAGAGAGCAGAGAUUUAUACGGAAAUAGAGGAGCUGGAGGUGAACCAUUCUCUGCCAAACUCAUUUCUCAAACUCCUGAGAAUGUAGUUGAGGCAAAAGUUGUUGAUACUCGUGAUGGAUAUUAUCAAUUGCUUUUUAAGGUUGAGAAGGCUGGUAAUUAUACAUUGGAAAUUUCUCGACCUGGACCAAAUGCAGGAGAAACCAUCGUUUUAACACAAAUUCGUGACAGUACUAAAAUUACUGUACAUGAUUCAGGAAAGAGUGAUCCUGAUAACUGUGUGUUCAUUGGUUUGACCACCAAUUUACAUCAUUUGGUAGAUGAGAAUGCUGUUGAAACUGACAGAAUUGUUUCUCAAAAAUCCAAUACUGUUAAAUUAGAAAGAAAAGCCGGUGACGUGAUUCGUUUCUUAAUUCAAGCACGUGACGAGUUUGGAAAUGUUCGUGAAGUUGAUUCAGAAAUUCCUUUGCCUCCCCUCAUUUCUGAACAAUUCCACGUCAUUGCUUGUUUGGAAGGAGCUAGAGAGUCACCUGCAGAAUCAGCAGAUAAUUUAUUAAUGACUCCUAGAACUGCUAAGGUUGCUAAACAAAUUGAAACCUUUAAGACUGAAACUGAAUCAGAAGCUUACGAUUCAACAAUUGUUAAAUUACCAACCAUUGAUUCAGAUUCAGAAUUGACCGCACUUCUCGGUCUCGCUCAAUUACAAUCUGGUGACGCUCAACAAUUAGAAUCAAAACUUCACUCGACAUUGCUCAAAUUUGUUUCACAUACUGGUCAUCAUGGAUUGUAUCUUGUUGAAACUAAAUUGAUCAAGAGUGGUGAAUAUUCAUUGCAAUGUAGAGUUGCUCAAGGAAGUGAAACUUCAACAUCCACUGCUGCCGAAUCUUCUGAAGAAGCUCCAAAGCCAAAACAAACACUGUUAACAGUUGGAGGUGCUCAUACUGUCAUUGUUCGUGAUGCAGGAGUUACUGAUGCAAGUCAAUGUGUUGUGAUUCAAAGCUUUGCAAAGGCAGAAAAUGCUUCCAAGACGAUCAUUGUUCCAAAUCUCAACAAAAUGGACAUGAAAACUGAAGAAUCUUCUGAAAAUCCAGAUGCAUUCACAGAUACUUUCAAGAAAUUCCAUGCUGGUCGUGAAAUGCACUUGAUUGUUGAAGCACGUGAUCGAUAUGGAAAUGCAAGAGAAAUUGCAGAGAAUGAUGAAUUUUUGGUAAAGUUGACACCAAAGACUGAAUCUGUUUCAUCUCCAAUUAGUCCAAGAGGUGAUGCCAAGGUUUGUCAUGCUGCCUCAACCAAGUUUGUUCAAGGAAAGGGACUUUUUGAAGUUGUCUACACUGUCACAACUGCACAAAACUACAUUAUGGAAGUUGUGUACGUUGACAAGUCAAAAGUCACCACAUCCGAUGAUCAAAAUCUUGCAGAACGUUAUACAUUUGCUCAACCUGUAAAAGCAUUCCCUCAAGAAGUGGUUGUGACAGAUGCUGCUAAAACUGAUGCUCAAAAUGUUCUCUUCUCAGGAACUGGUGUCACCAAUGGAGUUCAAGGAAAGGAAGCAUUCUUUGUCAUGAGAAUGAGAGAUUCAUUCAAGAAUUUAAGACGUCAAGGAGGUGAUCAAGUGGAAGUAACAGUGAUCAAUGAUGCUCGUAAAAUUGAAACUCCAGCAACUGAAAUUGUUGACAAUCAAGAUGGUACCUAUACAGUUCGAUAUGUGGCAAAAGCAUCUGGUAAGAAUCGAUUCCAAAUCAGAAUCAAUGGUGAACUCGUUCAAGGAAAUGAUAUUUUGGAUGCUGGUUUAUUCAUUUCUCCACCAAACAUUGAAGAUGCAAGCAAUGUUGAAACCAUUCUUGACCAUGAUUUACUUUCUGCUCUCUUGAAUGCAUUCCGUGUGGAACAAAAGACUGACAAUUUGGUUGAACAAAUUCAAGCUUUGAGACAAGAACUUGUGAGACAGUUGAGAGAAAAUACCCGAGUUGGUUCCGGUGUUCGUGAAAAGGAGAGAAAGAUUUCAUUGCUCGCUGAAAAUAAGUAUCAUGCCGAAGAGUUGAUGAAUCAAAAGGGAGGUAUUAUUGGAUAUUUCCAACGUAGAAGAACUAUGCAACUUAAUAAUGGACUCGAUGGUCUCUCUACUUCAGCUGCCGAUGCCAUGAUUAAGGAAAAUAUUAAUCUUUAUGGAAAUUUGUUCUAUUUACUUCAAACUAAUCCAAAAUAUUUGGCCAAAUGCAUUUUCCUUGUUCCUCCAUCUGAGCUUGACCAAUUCUUGAACACUGUCACUUUGACUUUGUACGGUUAUGCUUUCAACCCUCGUGAAGAAUACUUGAUUUUGAACUUGUUCAAUGAGGCUCUAUUGUUGGAAGUUCAAAACUCUAAUCUUGACAGCUUCUUGUCAGGUAACCCAAUUUUGAUCAAAUUAUUGAUCAACUAUUGUCACGAAAGAAUUUCUGGAAAGACUUUCUUACAAAAGGUCCUCUAUGAUAAGAUUCUUGAUCCAAUUAUUGAAGAGAAGGACCUCAACUUAGAUUUGAAUCCUAUCACAUUGCUUCGUGAAAUGGUUUCUCAAUCCGAAGUUGAAACUGGUAUCAAGUCAACCAUUGACUUUAAAGAAAUGACUUAUGAGAAAGCCAUGGAAACCAAUGAAACUGUUCGUAAUGUCAUUAACAUGAGAAAGCAAAAGAUGAUCCAAAUUUGCGAACAAAUUCUUACAAGUAUCUAUGAUAACAUUGCCGAGUUACCUUAUGGUUUGAGAUUUGUUUGCCGACAAUUGAGAGCACUCUUACUCAAGAAACAUCCAAAUACUGAUGAAAAGAAGAUUAAUCAAGUUAUUUCAUACAUUCUCUUCUUCCGUUAUUUGAACCCUCCUCUCUGUGCACCUGAUGGUUUCAACUUGACCAAGAAGAAGAUUUCAGCAGUGAUGAGAAACAACUUGGGUCACAUUUCCAAAGUCUUGAUGAGAAUUACCACUUUCAGAGAAUUUGAACCUCAUGUCGAUCAUCACAUGGUCAUGAUGAAUGAAUGGGUUCAUAACAAUACUGGACCAUUCGUUGAAAAAUUCCUCAUUCCUAGCUUACAAAUUGUUGAACCUGAAGAAUUCCUUGGUGUUAAUCAAUACGCUGAAUUGACACAAAAGAAAUCACCAAGUAUUACCAUCACUAUUAAUGAAAUUGCUCUCACACAUAAUUUAUUGGUCAAGUUUGCCAAGAGAAUUAUUUCACAAGAACAAAACACUCCUGAUCCAUUGAGUGAUUUACUCACCAAGUUCAAGGAUAAGAUUCCAGAACAAGUCGAUACUGGAAAGAAUGAAGAGAUUACUCUUCUACUUGUCCCACCAUCCAAUGAUGAAAAAUCAGCUGAUGACAAUGAUGACUCAUGGUUGGAUGUGACACCAGAACAAUUAUAUGAACUCACUAAGGAAAAUCUUCGAACUCUUCUCAAAUAUAUCACUCCACAACAAUUGGGUGAAAGUGUUGACGAUACCAUUCAAAAAUCUGCCAUCUAUGCUGAAGAAUUGGCCAAGAAUAAGGAAACAGAAGCUACUGCAUCGAUUGUGAAGAAGAAGAUUGAUGAUAUUAGUCGUGCUCUUCCAAAAUUGGAAGAAUAUCAAAUCAUCUCCAAGGAGAAUAAUUAUCGUAAAUUAUUGAUUGACAUUACCAAGGAAAUUCAAAAUCGUGAAGAACUUCAAAAGAAGCAACAAAAAGAAAUUGAGAGAUUGAAGGAAAGUUUGAAUAGCUUGAAAUCUUAUUAUACUUUCUUGACUGAAAAGGAUGCAAGCUUGGAUGAAUAUGUUCAACAAACACUUCGAAAUUAUUUCAAGAAGCAAGAAAAGAAACAAGAAUCUUCCAAGAAUGCCAAGAGCAAGACUUACAAAUUCUCGUACAAGAAGUUGACAGAAAAGUACAAGGUCAUUCAAGAAAUUCAAGAUGGUGGUUCAGUGAACUCGUUGCAAAAGAAGGCUGUUAAAUUCACCAUCUCCAUGAAUGAAUCUGAACCUGGUGUGUUUUUAGUGACACCAACGCUGGCUGGUGUGACCAUUACAACAUUGAAAUUGAAGUUGGAUGAAUUGUUGGAUAAACGUGAAAAGGGUGUGUCAACCAUUAAGAUUGAAGGAGUUGUUUUGGAUGUGAACAUGACCAUUCACUUGCUGAAUAAGAAAUUCUUGUCAAAGAUGAAGUAA